CAAUCAUUCGUCUAAUGCUCUUUAACUCUAGUCACAAAGUUAAACGAAGAUGGCUUUCAGAAUCGCUAGCCAAUUGCGCUCGACUGGCAAACAAAUUGGUGGCUCUCGUCGCUUCGCGACCACAGUCGCCCAUGGUGCCAAAGAAACAUAUAAUAAGUUUUCAGUAACGGGAGAGUUUGCACCAGUGGCUAUAAUAGGAGGUUUUGUUGCUCUAGCUGUUGCUAUGGCCGGACAUAGCCUCAAGCAGCAGCUAAUGCAUGCUCCAGGGGUCAGUACAAGGAAGAACAGAAGAGCGGCUGUCGCGGAAGUCGAUGAUCCGGACAAUUGUGUUUCCUCCGCCGACAAAUAUAUCAACAAGUCUUGGCUACGGAAAGUAGGUCAGAUUCAAGAUAAGUCUAGUGCCAUCUUACCUGAUACCAGCAGACCUAACCCAUUCACCACGCCUCGAAAUGCAGAGACAUUGAAAUCCGUUGGUGUGGCUCCAAAGGGAAUCUGAAAACUUUCUACGAAUCGAACAAGAUCUUCUGUUUUCAAAUAAAAAUGCAUUUUAACUUAUUAAUUUUUGUUCAAUAAUAUUAUGUACAUAUAUAUAAUAAUAUAAUAAUCUCUUGGAGCUUGUUACAAAUAAAGCUGCUUUCUUUGUUCAGUUGUUGAUGUUAAGAGGAAAAAGCCAAAGUAACGUAC